AAAGUUUGGCCCGUGCGUGGGGCUAGGGUGGAGGGCGGGACGGAGGGGCUGGGCCCAGGCGAAGCUAGUGUCGCUGCAGCAGCGGAGGCCGAGGCCAGGCGCUGGGCCGAGCCGGGGAGUGCCAGCCGCGGAGGAGCAGGAGACGAGGUGUGCCGGCGUUUCGAGCCCCCCGCCGCUCUGCCGCGCGGACACCCCCCGCCAGGCGCCGUCCGACCAGUGGCUGUUCCAGAGGCGGUUGGUGGGGGCGCGGCAGCAGCGGUUGGGGGUGGGGAGAGGCGCGGCUAGGAGACGGGAGAGGUCAGCGAGUUGGAGGGAGAACCGAGUGCGGUGCCGCCGUCAUGUCCGAGGACUCCAGCGCCUUGCCCUGGUCCAUCAACAAGGACGAUUAUGAGCUGCAGGAGGUGAUUGGGAGUGGAGCAACAGCUGUGGUCCAAGCAGCGUAUUGUACCCCUAAAAAGGAGAAAGUGGCAAUCAAACGGAUAAACCUUGAGAAAUGUCAAACUAGCAUGGAUGAACUCCUGAAAGAAAUUCAAGCCAUGAGUCAGUGCCAUCAUCCUAAUAUUGUGUCUUACUACACGUCUUUUGUGGUAAAAGAUGAGCUGUGGCUAGUCAUGAAGCUCCUAAGUGGAGGUUCUGUUCUGGAUAUUAUUAAGCACAUUGUGGCAAAGGGGGAACAUAAAAGUGGAGUCCUAGAUGAAGCUACCAUAGCUACAAUUCUCCGAGAAGUGCUGGAGGGGUUGGAAUACCUGCAUAAAAAUGGACAGAUUCACAGAGAUGUGAAGGCUGGAAAUAUUCUCCUUGGAGAAGAUGGCUCAGUACAGAUUGCAGACUUUGGGGUUAGUGCUUUUUUAGCAACUGGUGGUGACAUAACCCGAAAUAAAGUAAGAAAGACCUUUGUUGGAACCCCUUGCUGGAUGGCACCCGAAGUCAUGGAACAGGUCCGGGGUUAUGAUUUCAAAGCUGACAUCUGGAGUUUUGGGAUCACAGCAAUUGAACUGGCCACAGGGGCAGCUCCUUACCAUAAGUAUCCACCAAUGAAGGUUUUAAUGCUGACACUGCAGAAUGAUCCUCCUUCUUUGGAAACUGGUGUUCAGGAUAAAGAAAUGCUGAAAAAAUACGGAAAGUCAUUUAGAAAAAUGAUUUCAUUGUGCCUUCAAAAGGAUCCAGAAAAAAGACCAACAGCAGCAGAACUGUUGAGGCACAAAUUUUUCCAAAAAGCAAAGAAUAAAGAAUAUCUUCAAGAAAAAAUAUUGCAGAGAGCACCAACCAUUUCUGAAAGAGCCAAAAAGGUUCGGAGAGUACCGGGUUCCAGUGGCCGUCUUCAUAAGACAGAAGAUGGUGGCUGGGAGUGGAGUGAUGAUGAAUUUGAUGAAGAAAGUGAGGAAGGGAAAGCAGCAAUUUCACAACUCAGGUCUCCCAGAGUGAAAGAGUCAUUAACAAAUUCUGAGCUGUUUUCAACCACGCACCCUGUGGGUACUUUACUCCAAGUUCCAGAACAGAUUUCUGCUCAUCUACCUCAGUCCGCAGGGCAGAUGCCUGCGCAGCUGACUCCGGUCUCCCUGCCGCCCGCUGCAGAGUUGGCUCCAGUGCAGGCAGCCCAGGCUCAGUCUUCAGGAGCAGGUUCACAAGAAACCAAGAUCCCAAUCAGUCUAGUACUAAGGUUACGGAAUUCAAAAAAAGAACUAAAUGAUAUUCGAUUCGAAUUUACUCCUGGGAGAGAUACAGCGGAGGGUGUCUCCCAGGAACUCAUUUCUGCUGGCCUCGUCGAUGGAAGGGAUUUAGUAAUAGUGGCAGCUAAUUUGCAGAAAAUUGUGGAAGAACCCCAGUCAAAUCGUUCUGUCACUUUCAAACUGGCAUCUGGUGUUGAAGGCUCGGAUAUUCCUGAUGACAGUAAACUAAUAGGAUUUGCCCAGCUCAGCAUCAGCUAAAACACAGCCCUGGAAGAGGCGGCCUAAGGAGAUUCCACACAUGCGUAUCUCUGUUGCUUCUGUUGGCCUAAACCCACUACUGCCAAAGAACCCAGCAACAAACCUCCCAGCUAGGAGCUUUAGAGGUCUGUCUUUAUGUUUUUCCUGCCAUCAUUACCCUUUUUCCCAUAGGGCAAGAAAAGUUGGAUCACCAGUGGCCAGCAUCCCUUUAAGGAGUUCCGUUGGUAAACGUACUGCACAUGUUCCCUGUCUUCCUGCAUCUAAGAAGUGGCCUGGGUGCCUCAGAGCCCAGAGGGGAGGUCUGUCAGUCUUGCCUUACUCCAGUGAUGGCGCUGGGUGCAAAGUAACAGCUGUGUUGGGCCUCCUCACCCUGCUUACUCUCCCACACCUGACAGGAGUGGGCAUCUUAGGAUAUCUCUUCACCACCGAAGUAGCAUUUCAGAGUUGAUUGUUCAGCCGGAGCCCAGAGGAUUUAAUUUAGUGAUUUUUUUUUUUUCUUUUUGUAUCUGCUAUGAAUUCUAGCAACCUAUGUUAGGAAAAAGCACAGCCUCAGAUGGAGGCAGCCUAAACUGUGUUCUAGUUUUGUUCAUGACGUUUCUAAGCAUUUUGCUGAAGCUGCUCUCAGGCACCCCUCUUCAUUACUCCCUCCAGAAAGGGUUGCUAGCCUUAACUUCAGCUGGUGCAAAACAUCUGACUGUAAUCGAACAUCAGCCAUUGGAUCCUUCACAGUGGAACUUUGGACUAUUUUUAGAGAAAACAUCAAGUAAUGGCUUGUGGAAGAGAAUUUUCCCAGCAGAGGUUUUUGAACAGGAGAAAUCAUAACUCAUAUCAUUGUGGAAGUGUUUAUUUUCAAACCUUAAAAAUUUGAAGAAAAACUGCUCCUUGAUCCUCCCAUGAAAAUCAAUUUGCCUGGCCUCCAAGUCCUGAGGAAAUGCAGGCUGAGAUUUCUACAGCAAUAAAGGAGAUUCACACUGGGCCAGAGAGGCCUGCCUUCUGCCCCCUCUCCUGCACUGACCCUUUGGAGGGGGUCCACACUUCUGUGCGCUGAACCUGACCCAAGAUGGAAAGUGAAACCACAUGUGCCGUGACUUUUAGGAUUUAUGAGUAGACAGUGUUCGUUUUGAUUUUCUACAGAAAUAAUAUAAAUUAUUCUCUAGGUUUAAAAAAGAGCACUCAUAAUGCAAUAUGUGAAUCAUCAGUGGAGUUGAUUUUUCUUUUUUUCCUACUGUUUCACAGCCCUAGUAGUUAGGGCUAUCUGUCUAACUGCAGAUAGCCCUAACAAGUUUUGUAAAUAAAACAGAUCCUCAAUCUGGCCUUAAAGUGACACACAAAGAUGGGCUUUGGCCCCAUGGAAAGGGGAGAGUUGCUUCUUAGAGAAUCGUGGUAGCCCUCCAGCAUUGUUGGUCUGUGAAUAACAAGAUUGCUUUACCUAGUUUUCUCUUGGAGCACCUGGGAAAGCUUUCCCUACAACCGACUUGCUACAGUUUUGUUUUAUUCUGAGCUUGUAGUUUUAGUCAUGGGCUUUCUUCACCUGCCCUGGAUAUAGUGGCUUGUUGGGAAAAGAUGGCUGUUGGCAAGAAAAGGAGGGGAUGGUUUGGGAUGGGGGUUGGGAGGAAAAUAGAUUAGAUGUUCAGAUACCAAAGUCCAAGGUUGCAGCAGGAUUAGUAAAAGGAAGGAGCCUGCUGAGCCUGGAGAAAGAAAAGAUUGAUCAGCUUUCUGGACAGAUAUUUAGCUUUCUCUUUUCCUUUUUUCUUUUUCUUCUUUUUUUUUUUUUUUUUUUAGAAGAGGGUUGGGGGAACAAGGACAGGAAGGUAGGAGUAAAUAAUGAAAAAGGGAUAGUGUCUUUGGUACAGACUAGUGGCUUACCUUGGAAUGUGUGUUUUGAUUUCAAAUCAGCCCAUCAUAACCUACUUAUUUAUGAAUACAAAGGGUGGUGGCAUCACUAUUCUGCCUUUUAUUUGGAGGUGGUUGAGAGCCUAGGCUUGGAGGAAGCAACAGCCUAUCCCCCUGUUCAAUUUCUCUAGCCAGCUGUUAUCUUUGAACUGCAGUGGGACAGCUGUAACAAUAAAAGUGGGCUGGGGCUUUCUUUUUGUUUUCCAUUCACCUUUUGCCCUGCUGGGAAUUAGGAGCCAGAUACCAAGCCCCAGAACAGUGUUAUUUCUUCUUCUGCAUGAUGUAUGGUGGACUCCCUUUGCCGACUUGUACGGUGAUGCUGAAAAAAUGAGUGAACAGAAGCUUCCCAAGUGGGACAGCACGUGACCUAGUGAGCAAACCUCGCUUCUCCCCAGCAGCAGUGGUUCAGGAUUCACCUGUUUCCCUAGGGCCCCAGAAUGCCCUGGUCCCUGGGGUAGGGACUGACUGAGCACAAGGUAACAUGUGCCAAUGCUAUUUGUGAAAUGUAUGGUCUUUUUAAAUGACUAAUGGAUUUCUUGGGGUUUUUUCCUGCUUACAUUUUGAGCAAAAUCCUAGAGCCAGCCCAUAUUCUAAUAAUCUGGAGGACAGAAUAAUGGUAUAUCACUAAAUGGAGGUUCCUCCUUGUGUCGUGUGCUAGAUUAUGGAAGAUGUAAAGUAUUUGACUUUUCCCCCUUCCCUUUUUUUUCCUCUUUUGACUUUGUACUUUGCUGCAUGUUUCAUUCAUUUUUAAUCAAUAAAGAAUAAAUUGUC